UUCGGUUCGGUCUACAGGUUAGUUUCUAGAUAUGUUCCGCGCUUUGGGCGAGUGCUGACCGAUAAAUCGUCGAGAAAUCGUGCCAAAUUGCAAAUAACUUUGCAAAGUUACAUGUUUACAUCUUGUCAGAGUGCCAGUGUCAGUGCCAGUGUCGAUGGCAGGUGCAGUCGGUGGGCAUCGUAUUCGUAAUUAGUAUUUCCCCUGCUCGGCUCACCUGUGGAUUGUGUCUUCCCUCAUCGUCGAUUAGUUUUUGUGUGUGUUUUGGGUAGAAAAGAAAUUAGAAAAUGGUUUGCAAGUCGUGGACGCUGCCGCAUCGGUCAGCAGUCCCUCCUGCGUCCCACAGGCUCUUGGGAUCGGUUCGCCUCACGUACGCCGUGUGCGCCUUCCUGUCGAUCUGCCUCCAUUCUGCCAUGCGCAGCAUGCUUGCCAUGGUCAUACUACGUAUGGUCAAGCCGCGACCCGAGGACAGCCUUCUGAUGGCCCUGGAGCUGGAGCGCAGCAACUCGACUGGUCCGGGGCAGUGCGGAGGCCCUGUCUUUGGCCCGGCCUCGGGGAUCCAGGUGACACAGCAGACGGGCGACCUGCCCUGGACACGCAACCAGGAGCUUACCUUUCCCGGCGUCUACUACUACGGCUACGUCAUCUCGAUCCCCCUGGCCGGACACCUGUCGGAUCGGCUCAGCAGCAAGCGGCUGUUCAUCCUGUCGCUGGUCUUCGAGGCUUCGGCAUACUGCCUCCUCCCAACGAUGGCGCAUCACAGCUAUGGCGCCGCGGUAGCCGGCUUGGUGGUCUCCGGCAUGUGUGCGGGAUGCGGCAAUCCGCCGCUGUACCAGCUGUUCGUGACCUGGGCACAUCCCACGGAGCGGACGUCGCUGCUCUCGUUCGCCUACAUCGGCCUUCUCAUGGGCUCUAUUGUGGUCUAUCCGGUGGCCAACUACCUCAGCGACUUUGCGUGGGAGCUAUCCUUCUAUGUGGUUGGAAGUGUGACGCUGGUCUUCGGCAUAUCCUGUCACUGGCUCAUCUACGACACACUGGACCAGCAUCCACGCAUCUCGAAUGCGGAGAAGGCGUACAUACAACGGGAGCCGUUGUCCACGAGUCAAUUAAAUGUUCCUUGGAGACAUCUGCUUACCUCGCUUCCUGUGUAUGCCUUCAUCCUGACGCACGUCUUCCACAACUACACCUUCCUCGUACUGUCCGUCGUGAUGCCGCGCUUCAUGCGCGAGGCCAUGCAAUUCACCACCCAUGAUGUCGGGGUUCUGUCGGCGGCUCCGUAUCUGGGCGGUAUGUUCUCGAAGCUGAUAUGCGUCUUUAGCUGCGGCUACGUGGAGCGGCGCGUGGGUCUCAAUCAGAGCUGGAUGCGUCGACUACUGUAUGUCGCCUGUAGCAUUUUAACGAUGGUUUUUAUUGGCAUUAUUAUUGGGGCCGGCUGCGAGCAGAAGACACUAGUCAUGCUGAUGUACGCGUUCCUUUACGCCACCACAGACAUGGGUUUCAGUGCCGGCUACUGGCCCACACUGUUGUACUUCGCGCCUUCCUUUGCCGGUCUUCUAUCCGGACUGGCCAACUGUUUGGCCCACCUGUCUGGAUUUCUGGCGCCCCAUCUCGUGGCCGCUCUGGUGCAUACUGGCACCAAGGCCGAGUGGAAUAUUGUGCUGCUGACACUGAUCCUUUUCAAUGGCAUGGCCAUGUUUGUGUUUGGGCUGUUCAGCAGUACGAGGCUGCAGUCUUGGGAUCCACGCAGACACGCGGAGUCUUUAAGUGCUAAUCAAGACAACGUUCAUUAGAAAUUAAGAAUUAAACCUAUUUUAUUUUGUGUUCUUUGUGCUUUUAAAUGCGCGCCCAUUGGAUGUGCACCUCUGUAAUAUCGAAUAAAGUAGAUUCUAGUGUUUUCUAA